UAGAUACCUAGAUUAUAAAUGCAUACAUGACUGUAUAUUUUACUGCUUCAAAGAAUAAUAAAGUCAUUUUAUAUAGGCAUUCAUCAGGUAGCUACAAGGAGGUGAUUGAAAUUCCUAAUAAAUCUGAACUUUUAUAGGUUUGACAGUAGGAAUGGAGCUAGUGUAAUACCAUCACAGUUAUUAUCAUGAUAACUAACAUUUGAGAGAUGUUGCUAGUUAGAUUUAGCUAAUGUGCUCACACACAUCCUUGGUGAAAGAGACACUAAUUUACAAUCAGAAACUAAAAUCCGUGUGUGACUUGAGGCAGUUAUUUUUUCUUUAAUGAAUAUAUAUUUACACUUUUACUUCCAUAAUUUAAGUAAUUAUAAGACUUUAUACUUUUCUACUUUCAAGUGAGUUAAAAAUUUUAAAGCUUUACCAGAGUAUUUUCUACAAGUAAUUGUACUUUCAUUUGAAUAAAGAAUUUAGGCACUUUUACCCCUCUGAUGAAAUUCAACAAAAUAAUCUUCAAUGGCCAUUGCUCUUUCAAAUUGUGACAAAUAUGUGAUUGCAUAGAAUCUAGAUUUAACGUUUAGCUAUGCGUCAGCUUUGAUAAUAAAGUUGCAGACUCCAUUAAAUGAAAACCCAAACAAAGUGAUGAACUUUUGCCUCAGUCACUGCUGACUAUCAAAGAGACCAGUUCCAGGAAAUCAGAAAGUUAGCUCAAGAGGAAGUACGACUGGAAGUGAAAGCGAUUCAACUAUAGGGAGGAAGACAGGGAAACACCGAUCUGAGCGUAUAAAAGAGGAGUAAACACACUCAUUCAUUCACACAAGCUUCUUGAUCAGUGACCAGAAAAUCAUUAAGAGACUCUUCAGAGCAUCGAGUGUGUUCAAGAGCAAGAGGAAAAUGAAGUCUGCUGCAGUUUUUGUUGUGUUUGCCUGUCUACUUAUUGUUCAUGUACAAGGACAGGCCAGGACCAGUGUAAGGAGGUGUUUGUGUCAGGGUCCUGCAGCUAACGUAGUUCGUCGACAACGUAUUGACAAGAUUGAAAUUCAUCCUGCGAGUGCAACUUGUGAAAAUAAGGAAAUCAUUGUCACUCUGAAGAAUGGUGCAGGAAAAAAGUGCUUGAAUCCGGAAUCUGAAUUUAUUAAGAAAUACAUCACGGCAGCAUUAGAGAAAAGGAGUGCAGUGUAAAGCGUGCACCGUGUCGUUACUGAACAGAAGAGGAAGACGAGAGAACAGAGACAGCUUGCUUAAAAUAUUUUAAAUGUUGUAAAAAGUGUACAUGUGAUAUGUCUAACUGUUUAAUUUAUGAGCGUUCCUUCUGUAUAUUGCUGGAUGUAUAUAGUUGUUAAAGAAACAUGAAAGAUUUCUUAAUAUAUAUUGUUUUUGUAUACUAAAGUACUAAAUUAUAAUAAAAUCAGCACAUAAAAGUGCUUAAAAACUUCA